CCUUUUGGGUAGCUUUUUUUGCUAAGUAUAUCUUGGAGGAGGUGUGGGAGGAGGGAGAGAUGCUGCUGCUGCAUGUUCAAUGCAAAGUGCUUGGCUGUGAUAGGCUGAGGGGACAUGGAUACUCUGCCUAUAUAUGCUGGCAACUGCAUCCUCUGCGCUUUAUAGCUGUCACAGAGGAGCAAAGAAAGACAGUGAGAAGGACAGAGGAGAAGGAAAAGCCUUACCAACUCACUGUUUUUUCUGAUAAUAAGUCCUAAACUCUGAUACCCAUGGAUGCUGCAGAGUUCCGCAAGAGAGGGAAGGAGAUGGUGGACUAUAUUGCAGAUUACCUGGAGAAGAUAGAGAAAAGACAGGUCUUCCCAGAUGUGGAACCAGGAUAUCUAAGGCCCCUCAUUCCAGACUGUGCACCCCAGGAUCCUGAGAGCUUUGAGGAUGUCUUUAAAGACAUAGAGAAGAUCAUUAUGCCAGGGGUGACUCACUGGCACAGUCCAUACUUCUUUGCCUACUUCCCUGCAGCCUCUUCCUUCCCAGCUCUUCUUGCAGAUAUGUUGUGUGGUGGAAUAGGAUGUGUGGGCUUCUCUUGGGCCGCAAGUCCAGCCUGCACAGAGCUGGAAACUGUCAUGCUGGAUUGGCUAGGGAAGAUGAUUAAUUUGCCUGAAGAGUUUUUAGCUGGGAAAGAUGGUCAAGGUGGAGGAGUCAUUCAGGGAAGUGCAAGUGAGGCCACCCUCAUUUCACUGCUUGCUGCAAGAACAAAAACUAUCAGACGGGUGCAGUUAGAGAAGCCUGAGCUAACAGAAGCAGACAUCAUGGGCAGACUGGUAGCCUAUGCUUCUGAUCAGGCUCAUUCAUCAGUGGAAAGGGCUGCCUUAAUUGGUGGUGUGAAGAUGAAAAAUGUUUCUUCAGAUGAUACAUUUAGUGUUUGUGGUUCAGCCCUAAAGAAAGUUUUGGAUGAAGACAAAGCUUCUGGUCUUAUUCCAUUCUUUUUCUGUGCAACACUUGGAACCACACCUUGCUGCUCCUUUGACAAACUGUUAGAACUGGGUCCUAUCUGUAAUAAGGAAAAUAUCUGGAUGCAUAUUGAUGCAGCCUAUGCUGGGAGUGCAUUCAUCUGCCCUGAAUUCAGGCAUCUGUUAAACGGAGUGGAGUUUGCAGAUUCAUUUAACUUUAAUCCUCACAAAUGGCUACUCGUGAAUUUUGACUGCUCUGCUAUGUGGGUGAAAAAAAGAUCAGAUUUAACAGGUGCCUUUAAAUUAGAACCUCUUUACCUGCAGCAUCACCAUCAGGAGUCUGGCCUUGUAACAGAUUAUCGGCACUGGCAAAUCCCCCUGGGCAGGAGGUUCCGCUCCCUGAAGCUCUGGUUCGUACUGAGGAUGUAUGGGGUCACGGGACUGCAGGAUCACAUCCGCAAGCAUGUCAGGCUGUCACAUCAGUUUGAACAUUUAGUCCUUCAGGAUGAAAGAUUUGAGAUCUGUGCUGAGGUUGUCUUGGGACUAGUCUGUUUUCGACUGAAGGGCUCAAAUGAACUAAAUAAGGCACUUCUUAAAAGCAUAAAUGAGGCCAAGAAGAUUCAUCUGGUCCCGUGCCACCUGCGAGAGACGUUUGUGCUACGUUUUGCUAUUUGUUCCCGCACAGUGGAAUCCACCCACAUCAAGUUUGCCUGGCAGCACAUCUCACAGCUGGCAACUGCUCUUCUGAAAACAUGGGAGCAAAACCACCACCAGCAGUUACAGCAGUGAUGUAGCAGUGGGGAGGAGAUAAUUAACUGGCUUUCUCUGUGUUGCCAAGUUUUAUUUUAGGCUCAGGUGGGAAAGUCAAAUUAUGAAGGAAAAAAAUGCAAACCUGUUGUUAUAUAGCCCAGCUACAGUAGCAAAAUUCUUGCCAGCAAGUUGUGUCGUAACCUUAGUCAUUUCUUCUCUGUACUGUAUUUUCAUCUUGCCUUUUUCCAGGAUGCACAUAGCCAUGGGGGCUCCAGCUGUCAUUUCUUACCAGUUUGUAAUCAAAAUGGAAGCGUUAGUGCUCCCUCCAUCGUCCCCAUUAACCCCUAGCACACCUACUCCUUUCUUCGUAGAUGAUACCAUGAAACCAUGAGGUGUUACAACCAAGUAAUUUAACAUUACUGUGACUUCAGAAAGAAUCCAAGUUGGAGGUUAGUUCAGUAACCUGGUUAUAACACUGCUCAGGUCCUGUCUAAACAGGGUACACACAGAUCUUGUUGUCAUUUGGGGCACUGUCAUGUCAUGACAUGCUUGCUGCAGUAAUUCUGUGAAUGAAGUUAGGACUUCAGGACUUAUACAGCCAGAGCAGGGGUGAGUGAGCACUAAAUGAACACUAACCAUCCUUGUGGCAGGUUCUCUACUUUCUCUAAAAGAGUUUGCUUUUAAACCAGCCAUUUUGUCAAAUCUCAGCAAAUGGGUUAUGCUGGCCAUUGGUUUUCACUUUGAUCAUUCAUAAUGAGCCCUCUUAAAAGCUCCUUCUUAAGAAUUUUGUCAAAAGCCAUGUGCUACCCGGUAUUCUAUAUUUUUAACCAAGUUAUUAUAAGCAGUGAUUACUUGAAAAUAAUCUGUAAACUGUGUUCUGUAAACAGAGUUGUGAUUUCUUUUUAUGGCUACCAUUCUGCUUACUUUGUUGUGUAAUAAAUCUUUGACACAAUAUGCUAAGAAAUGUGAUGGCAAAAAUGUUACUCUUUGUUUCUGAAAUUAGCUAACAAACAAGAUAACAAAUUACAAUAAAAAUAAAAAUUAAUAGAACUAGCCCCCAAAAUAAGAUCUGGUUCCCACAUCAGUAGUUUUCUUCCAUUAACAGUGAUGCAAGGAAUACAAAAAUACUGGAAAACAAUUAACCUUCAGAGUAAGUCAAAUAAUGUGUACUUGACACAAACCAUUGAUAUGUCAUCCUCUUGAAGGCAGGUACGGUCAAGAGGUGAAAUCAAAGUCAGAAACACUAUCUUACUUUAAUAGUACUUCUGCCAUUUUGAAAACACAAAUUCCAGAAAGUUACUUCUGUGUAAAUAAGAACAAAUUAAAUAGCUACUCCAAGAAAAAUAAUCUGUAGGAUUAAUUUCUAAAUUUGCAUUUGUUUUAAUCUUUUCUUUUUACUGCUCGAAUUAACUUCUAAAGCAUCUAGAACAACUUGCACAAUUAUUCAGCUUUCCUCCUCCAUCCUUUGCAAGCAUACUUCCUACAUUUGGGAAGUGGCAGGUAGACCACGAAUCAUGCACUGGGACAGUUAAUUUGGCACAUAGUCUGCUCCCACCCACUGUCUUUCCAGAAGGGAUUAAAGCUGACUAUGGACUAGGCAGAUUUUUCUAGUGAUUCCUCAUCACCUCACUGCUGAGGUGCAAAAUGGGGAAGGAUUAGUCUUAAUGUGUGUGCAAGUGGUGCAUAAGAGAUGUGCACGAAUCCUGACACUUAGGAAAAAUUGGCCAAGCUCUGCAUUUCCAGCAGGUCACACUAUGUGACUAGGGGAGGCGAUGGCGUACUGCCCUUCUGUAAGGCUGUGUCAUCCACCCAGAUGGAAAAGCUCAUUACUAUUUCUUUAAGGAAUUGAUUUCACAGAUGAAGCAAGGGAAGACAAUCUGACAAAACCAAGUAAUAUUCAAGCGGGUGACUGAGGCAUUCCAUAAGACACAACUCUCAGCUCCAGUAUCAGAAAUUUUGAUAGCAUCAUUUUCUUCAGUAGAACCAAUAUUAAAUUAAGCUUUUCUAUAGUAUCACAAUGCAGUAGAUUGGUAGACUGAAGAGAGCGGAAAAUGCUGGCAGUUAUUUCCUUUCCCUGUUACUAUUUUUUUUAAAACAUUAUUCAGUUCUCAUGACUUGGGAAACAAUGUUCAUCCAUAGCACAUAUAGAAUCAUAGAAUCAUAGACUGGUUUGGGUUGGAAGGGACCUUAAAGAUCAUUUAGUUCCAACCCCCCUGCCAUGUGCAGGGACACCUUCCACUGGAUCAGGUUGCUCAAAGCCCCGUCCAACCUGGCCUUGAACACUGCCAGGGAGGGGGCAUGGUCCACACUGAUAAAAUUUUACAGCUUUUACAUUAUGAAAACACUAGAAUCUAGGAGCCAGAGAAGAAUUACACCUUCUCUGUGAGACAGACCACUAUUUUGCAUGUGAAAUACAUAACCAGGUCUGUCCAGAAAAAAAAAAAAAAGAUAUCAGAUUCUGAUCAAAGCUAUCAUGGAGUAAAGCCGGGAUAAUUCCACUGAAAUGAAACAGAGUUGCCUGGGGCUUAUAUGACUAUAAUUGAAAUUAGAAUCUAACUAAUAAGAAUUGGAAAAAAAUACAUAAGGUGAAGGAAACACUAGACUGAACAUAAGAGGAUUUUGGUGGAAAUCCUCUCCAUGGAAACCAGAGCAGAGGUGGAUGAUGCACGCCUGUGUGAGCCUCAAACUGCUGUACAACAGGGACACAGGCAGGAUACUCAUCCAAACCCAGGAGAGGUGAAAUAUUCCCAGCAGCUCAGAAUUAGACAUAGGUCCCUCUAGGCAUUUGUGGAAAAAUGUUGGCAAAACUGACAUUCAGUUACAUUUUUCAGCAUAUGGGUAUCAGUUUUAGAAAAGGCUGUUGUUCAGAUACCAAAACUCCUUUUGCCAAAGAAUUUAGAUAAAGGUUAAUUUAAAAUAUUAUAAAUGCAGUAGAAGUUAAUUUAUUUUUGUUUUUAAAGAAGUGACAUAAGUAAAUCUUCUAAUAAACAGCAGUGACAAGGAAUUAUAUUUCCCCAUGGCCAGCCAAAUACAGAAAUCUGAAGUUCACAAUUCUAGUUCUUCUGAAAUUCUGGGAUGAUUUGAAUAAGUAAUUGGUGAAGGCUGCCUUAGUAUUCAGUAUCUCAUACCCUCAUAGUACCCCACAUGGUAAUUUCUUCAUCAACUGUUAAUGUGAGGUCAUCUGAAAACGAAAUCUGGGCUAUGUAAUCAACUCAAGAACAAAAGCGUUGAACAUUUUGAAAGAAGAACGUAACUGCUGUUUGUCUUAUGUAGCUUUGCAACAUGUGUGUCAGUGCGAAAUACUGUAUUUAUGGACAAUUAAUAUGUGAACCUGGAUUUAUUGUGCCUUGUGUGCAAAAGCUAAUACAAUCUGUGCCAGUUAAUGCUGUUUGAUGUUAAAAAUAAUUAAAACAUCUCAGAAUAGUACUUUAGUAGAAUAUCCACAUCUCAAGGGAGACAGUGCAGCUACUAGAGAAGGAGGGAAAAAAGUAACUUUUCGUAACUGUACUUUUUUUUUUAAACUAGUGGAGUGCUAGUACGAUACUUACAUUCUUAAUAAUAUUGACAGAUUAUAUUUUAUUACUAGUGGUAAAAUAGUGAAAAGAUGUAUUUAUGAAAGUAUUGCUAAUAUAUUUAUAUGCUGAACUGCAUUAUAAUUAUUAAAUUUCUAACCUCCUCUUGCCUUUGCAUAUAAGAUUCUGCUCAUAGUGGUUGUUUUGUUGUUGUCUCCUGUAAGGAUACCAUAUUUGAUGAGUGGUAUCACAUUGCAGUUGCCUUACAACAGCAAUCUAAUCCUUGAGACAUCCCUAAACUAGAAUUGCUCAAAGACAGGAGCAAAUGAGAAAUAAUACUGAGAACACUGAACACCAGGGUGGUGGGGACAGAUUAAAUAACCAUUGAUGGAUAAUACCUACAUAGCAUACAUAGACUCUAUAUGACCUAAAUGUAAAAAUAACCGGAUGUUUAGUGCUAUUAUAAUGUAUGAGCUGUUGAGUUUCUUCAAAGUCUGUAUCCAAAGCCUACUAAACAGACAUGUGGGUUGUAAUUGGCAGCAUUAAUAAAUGGAAACAAAACGGUGA